CAAUACAUUUAUAGAUAGAGAGAGACAACAAAAAAACAACAAAAAGUUUUUUGUUGUCAACAAAAUUGAUUGACAAUUGAAUUGAUCCGCAAGUGUGAAGACAUCACUGGAGGACCUAAAACAACAACAACAAUGUCUUCAGAUGACGACGACGACAACAACAAGCCGUUGAUCACCAUCUCUGGCCAACGAUCGCUGGUAUUGUCCGGCCAGUUGUCUCAGGCCAUUGUCAGGGAUCUGCCGCAAGAAGGCGUCGAAUGGCAACGAUCCUAUGGUCGAUCGUCGAAGAUUGUCUAUCUGGAGGCCAAACUGGUACCGUUUGACGACAAAUAUUUGGCCGCCGAAAUCAACGAUAUGCAACAGUUAUUGUCGCGGCCAUUGUUGUACACAUUUUGGACGGAUUGUUCCGAUUUGGAUACCUAUAAGACGCAGACACGCGACGAAGUUAGCCAAUGGUUGGCAAAGAUGACUUCACGCGGUAUUAGCGACUGGUUUAUCGUACAUUUGGACAACGGUUCGGAUAAGAAGUCCGGAGCUGUCGGCGUUAUCAACAAAACCAAACUGUUGCCAUCUAUUAAGACAUCGUCGACCGUAUUGGACAAAUUGCGUAACGAUUUCCCGCUGGUCAAAUCCAAUCCCGACCGUACUGUAUCGCUGUUGGACACCACUAUCGCCGGCGCUACGGGUAAGACCGACUCGAAGACCCAGGAAAGCUAUCAACAGUUUAUGUGUCGGCUGAGGUCACUGUUGUUGAGCUCCUAUUCGCGUCAGUUGUUGCGUUACGAAGAUUUUAUACGAACUCAACGGGAAAGCCGUAACCAACCGAACUGGAAUUUCUUUCACUUCUUCGGCCUACAGGAACAGUUGGCUUUUGCCUUUGAAAUGUUAAGUCUUUACGACGAAGCACUCGUCCAGUACGACGAAUUGGAUGCACUGUUCUCACAGUUUGUUAUCAACUCAAACUCGGGACCAAUACCCGAAUGGCUGACCCGGUUGUCGACCAACUACGAUAUCUGGCACGGACUCUGUCUAUCGGCAUCGGUAUCCAAAUCGUUGCGCCGACAGUUCUUUACCACCACUGCCACCGUCGAUGGCAACGAUACAACCACCACCACUACCACCUCCACACACAACAAGACACUGAUCGAACUGCGCAACUAUCUGUUUGCCCGACAAUCCGAACUACUGUUACUAUUGAACAAACCAUGGGAGUUGGCCUCCAGGGCCCUGCCGUUCCUGCAAAACUGUUUCAACGAACUAAACAUAUUGGAGAUUACGAUGACACCGGGCGGUAUGGCCUGUUGGGUGUUUCUCAGUGCACUGGAAAUACUACACAAAUGCGAACGCUAUAGCGAUUCAUCGCAAAUGGAGUCCUAUUUGAGGCAUACGGUCGGCCUGUGGUCGUACGCCAGGAAUAAGUUAGCCGAAUUGGGAACGUUAUGCGGCCUAAUGCCCGGCCAGACAAUGACGUCCGAACAUUUGCACCGUGUGGUCAACUUGAUUGCCGGUAUGGGUGACGAUCCGCGACUAGGAGAAGUACCGCCCAGUCCACAGGAACGACUGAAAGAGGCACUUUCAGGCCAGGAGUCGUUUCUCAAACACUAUAUGGAAAUAUCGGAGCUAACAAUGGGUACCUAUAAACACAUCGGACGCAUGCGAUUUGCCCGACUAAUUGGCAAAGAGUUGGCCGAACUUUAUAUCAAAAUGGGUAAACCACAGAAAGCUAUGUCUUUUCUGCUCGACUUAGAGAAAGUCUAUGUCCGAGAAAAAUGGCCGCACCUGUUGAACGAAAUACGUGUGCUAUUGUUGAAGUGCUACGAAAUGGUUGGCGACUCACGCCGUGUCUUCAAAGUCCAGUGCCAGUUGGCCGCCAACGAACUGAUUGCCGGCGACCAGCGGCUAAACUAUUGUCUGGAAAGCGAACGACUGUUGAAGACACUGCAACACCAGCCGAACAAUAAUACUAAUACCGGUACUAAUAAUAAUCAUAAUAGACAUAACAGUGAUCUGUCAAUGAUGUCAUCGUCAUCAUCAUCAUCAGCGGUGGGGCCGAUAUGUAUAGCAAUGGACGAACUAUUUGAGGUACAAUCGAUGCGAUUGUUGGCUCUCGACGGUCACUAUACGGUCGCCAAUCGGCGUCUGGAGCUAUCACUCGAGCUCAUCAAUAACUUUCCCAAAGAUAUUCAUUGUGAUAAAGUAGUGAUUACGUUGAUCUAUGAAGACUUGUCGUCUAACAUGACUACUACGGCUAACAAACAUAGGUCGACAACGAUCACCGGCGGCGGGUGUCCACACAUGGAUGAGAUUAUAGAUGUCAAGUCACGAAACAAUUUACUCAAAGCGACCGCCAAUCUUAAACCAGAGGUCGAAACGUUUCACACGAGUAUUUCGGUGGGCGUUAAGUGCAAUAAUACCGGAAAACUGUUGAUCCGGCGCAGCGAUAGUCACGGUUUUGUAUUGCAGGACAAGGAACCAAUGGUUCCCGAAUAUACAGACGCAUUUGUGGCCACCGAUGUACUACUGAGACCCGGUGUCAACGAUAUUCGACUGAAGUAUUCGACAAAAAUGACCGGAACUUUUCAAUUGGAUCAGAUUGUACUCAAUUGGGACGCCAAUGCCAGCAUUGUCGGGACCGAUGUCCGACAUCAUCACCAAUGUUUUUCGGUGAUUACCGAAGCACCGACAUUGAAGGUACUCCAGUUGACAACACUGGAUGGACUGACCAGCGAUAUACUGUGCGGUGUCGAGCAGUCCAUUGAAUUGCAACUGAACUGCGGUAGCAGUAGUUUUCCGGCCCGAACACCGUUGACCAUCCGGGCAUCGCAUGGCCUACGGCUACGACUGGAAACCGAUGUGACGGCCGACGAUUUACGUGAUGAAGUGACGUUUGUAUUGCCGGCAACGUUGGAACCGUUUCAGAAAUACGAAAUACCGUUGAUAAUCAAAUCACAACUAUUACCACAAAAAGACGAUAAUUCUGUUCGUCACGAGCUAACCAUGAGUUGGCCGGCGUUGUCGGUAAACAAUAUCAACAACAGUCCUGUCGGCACCAAUAGUAGAUCACCAUCAGUACCGACCAUACGAUUAGUGAACGUCCAGUUUCAUCUGAUGCCGCCGUUUAUUGUCACUCAUCGACUGCAUACGUGCGAGUGUCGAAAGUUUGUCGAAAUUAUUGUCCAAUGUGUGUCCAAACGGCCGAUUGUUGUGUCCGAACCCCGGUUGACUGUUCCCAACGAUUUUGCCGAUAACGAUCGCUUACAUUUGAUAGCCUAUGUGCCAAAAAACGACUCGUGUGUUGUACACCACACCCAAACCGUACACUACGUUUGGGAAUUGGUUGGCCAGAAUCCACUCGAUCGGACACUAGUAGUGGCCAACAAAUUGCUAUUCAAAUUACAAUACAAACUUUUUGACGAUCCGCUGGCCGUCAAUUGGCAACAGUUUAUGUUUGAUCUGAAAUUUCUAACCAAUUAUCAUACACUGUACACCAUUGCGGCCAAUAUUGAACCGCAAAACGGUACCGAAUUUUGUCGGGCUGGUGCACUGUGUCAUUUGAAUGUGGCCAUCAGCCGACUUCAGGCUACCGACGAUCACAAGUCAAUUAUGUACGAAAUAGUGUCCGACCAGACCCUGUGGAAUGUUUGCGGCAAAACAGCCGGUGUUGUCACCAUUGACGGUCCGCAAGACAAAUACGAGGUUCGGUUCGAUGUGAUGCCACUUAUCAGCGGUUUUCUACCCUAUCCUACAGUCAGGCUAUCGAAAUACAUUAACCGUAACACUGAUAGCAACAAUGUGGCCACAGCAACGGCACCGGUAGUGCAGCCGCCGCCGCCCCCACCCGACCAACUCAUGAACGGUAUCGGUGAGGCCAAACUGGUGGCCUUCGAUGUCGGACAGGUCUACAAUUGGAGUCGGGCUACACAAGUGCAUGUAUUGCCAUCAUCUGGUCUGAUCGUACCAGAGGUUCAAUAAUACUAGUAGUAGUUGUUGUAGUAGUAAUCAAACAAACCUACGGUGCUAUUAUCUAACCGCACAUUUCU